AUGUGGACAACCUUCGGAUCACAGUGCUCGGCCUGUUUAGUUCUGACCCUCGGGGUCUCUUUCUCUCUCGCAACUCCCGGACCAUGGCUGACGCCCCCGGACUGGAACUUCCUCAAGCAUCAAGACCUCAAGGUGGGCCAGGAGUUCCUCCCUCCCGUAGGGCCGCAGGGAUCGAGCUCGAAGCUCCUCGCGCAGCAGAUUUCGGUCGCCAUCUCCGCGCACGUGAGCGUGGAGGACGUGUUGGUCGACGAAUCAGGAGCCACCCUGCGAGGGUUCACCGUCAACUCUAACCCUGGGAGCAUCUUCGAGGAGGACGGGGUAGAGAUCAUGCAAGCAGCGCAGCUGUUUCACGUCAGCGACGACCUCUACAGUCAGCUCGUUAUCCUGGCGACCAACUUCAGGAAGCAGCUCUUCGUGUUCCACGCGCACGUCUCUGGCUCCGAGGUGUCCUUGGGUCCCUCGAAGAUGGUGGACGAGGACGUCAACAGAGCCUUCGUCGUCGGAGUGUCUCGUCAGAACUUCGUGAUCGCCUACAGCAGGCGGACGGGAAGUCCUGGAACCUUGCUGGCAUCAGGAAGAGUAAACCCUAAGAACGAUCAAGUGCUACUGGAGCAGCCACUCCCACUCAUGGAGGAGUCUUCCUCAGACUUAUGUCUUGCGACCAACGGCUACUUGUUGUAUGCUUCUGCAGUCACCAACUCGUCGAUCCAACAUGGCAUCACCCUAGGCAUUGCUAUCAGGUCCGACAUGUCAAACAAUCCUCCUGAUAGCGUGUUGUGGAACCCGAUCGUCCUGUCUGUCGCUGAUGCCAAGAAGAUCGUCUGGCAAGAUCAGGACAUCUACCCUGGCAGCAUGACGUGUUCUUCGAUCAACCAGACUGGAAGUCUGAGCACGCUAGUGAGCUGGAGGCACAAGUCCCCCGUGAAGGACUGCGGAGCCUUUCCAACUCCACCCCACGCCCACUCGACGCCGCCAGGGAUCGUCAAGAAAGGAGAGAGAGUGCAGGUGAAGUGUGAUGAUGGUUACCGCCCGGUCAACGUCUCUUCCAACAGCACGACGAGUCCACUGUGUCUGCCGUCAGGAACGUUCGAGGACAGCAUCACGUGCGUUCCUGUCUCAUGUGGGAGAUAUCCACCUCCUCCCAACGCCUCCGUCUUCCCGGCAGAUGACGUCACUUUCGGAGGAGGAGUGACGAUCGUGUGCGAGAAGGGCUACAUCCUAUCCGACGGAGGCAACGCGGCCCCGACUUGCCAGGCUGACGGCUCAUUCACGCAGGGGAAGACGUGCGAGCAGGAGAGGGAAGGAACUUGCGGGGCUUAUCCGGGGCUGCUCAACGGGCAGGUGAUGCCGCCAGGUUCCCUUCCCGUGUGGGGUUCGAUCAAUCUCACGUGCAACGACGGCUACCGCCUGGUCGUCAACUACAGAGGAGGAGAGGACAGGGCGAGCCCCCGAUGCGUCUCCUCGUUGGGCAGGAUGGAGAUUGACACUGUGUUUGACAAUUCAUACGAUCGGUCAGGCUACGUGACAGGGACGCCCAUCAGCCGCCCUCGCGCGGACUUCUCCCACAUCCUCGACGCUCGCUGCGAUCCUGUGAGCUGCGGCUCCUUGCUCCCUCCUCGGUAUGGCUUCGUGGAGCCGGUCGGAGAAGUUUUCUUCCCCGGCAUCGUGAGGAUCCGCUGCGACGAGGGCUUCGUGCUGUCUGAGGAAGGCAGUGCUUCUCCCCGCUGCCUCGCCAACGGGACGUUCGAGCUGGGUAAGACCUGCAUCUCAGGAGGACUGACGACGAUCGUGAUCGGGAUGAGCAGCGGGGAGAUCGCCAACUUGUCCCGCACGCUAGUGUCUGAGAGAGGCGCCAUGCACAUGAGCUCCCUGCGCCUCUGGCCAUGGCAGGUGCGAUCGACCUACGGCAGCUGGACGGAGGUCCGCAAGUGCAACGGCAUGGUCGGCUUCAUCGCCUGCGUGAGCGCACCUGCUGAAGUAGGAGCUCGCGGCGACUGCCUCCUCCCCUUCGAUCCCUCAGCCGUCCAGUCGCAGACCUUCGCCGCGGGGGCGAUGCCGGGCGGCACUUGCAACGCCACAGGGAUCGCAUGCACGGGAGACUGCAGGGGAAAGCCGGCGGAGGUUGCGGUGCUCGAGAUCGUGUGCGGCCUCCUCCUGGACGUCAGCGGAGGGCUGAUGAUCUUCCUUGCCUUCGUUGGGCCCGCCUGCCCCAUGGGGAAGGGGGAUGAAGUCUUCCCUUCCCAGCUGGAGUUCAGCAUCAUCCCCAGCAGCAGGGCAUUGCUUGACAGGCAUGCGUCCAGCAUGUUCGCUCCCUUGUUGUCGUCUCCUCACUCGCACCGCAACCAAGUUGUCCUGACCUACGUCAGCGAUGUGACGGGGGAGCCCCAGGUCGUCGAUGCCUACGUCAACGCGUCUGCCAUCUUAGCUGGGGCUGACGUGAGGCUGGUGGUGGAGGACCUGCUGCACUGGAACAAGACGCAGCCCCUCGGGUUCCUCCUGGGUUUCCAACGAUCCUUCAGCUGGCCCACCGUCGCAGCGCAGACGUUCACAGUCACGUCCUCUGUCGCUGCGAGGUCCGUGGUGUGCGAGCAGGAGCAGGCUGCCAGCGUCCUUGUCCUCUCCAACAUGAGCGAGACUCUCGAGGCAACCAGGGCGCAGUGCAGGACAAGGCUGAACUUAACGCUCCCGACCGCAGCUGAGGCCUCGAUCCCCGUCCGGACGUGCUUGAAGCGACGGGAUGCGCAGCAGCUUGUCAACGACAUCAUCCUGCAGAGGAGGAUCGUCAAGAACCAUGUCGCUGACCCCCUCGCCAUCUCCUGCGGGGCCUCCUGGCACGUCCCUCAGGUCUGCGAGCUAGUCCAGGGUUGCCUCAUCGAUGCCGUCAACAGCAAGUGGUGGUCGACCUUCCUCCCCUUCUACGAUCUCAGAACCUCCGACAUGUACCUCCAAUACCGCGCUCCUGUCACCCGUCACUUUUACGAUGUCUUCCUCCAACUGCUCCCCUUCACAACCAACACCACCUGCCUUGUCGUUGCCUCCGCUACCUCCCGACAAUACGCUGCCAACCAAAACCACGGUGAGGGGUAUUGCAUGCUCUCGAAGCUCAUGGAGUCCUGCUCCCUGAGCCAGCACGAGGUUGUCAGUCAAGAUACCUGCCCCUCCCUCCCCAUGGCAGAAUGUCUCCUCCAGAGCCCGCGGCAUCCCUCCGACGCCGUCCUGUACCAUCUCUUCGACUACUCGGCAACCACUGCUGCUCUCUUCACCGCCCAAGGAGCUCCGGAGCGCUAUUUCCCUCAGCCCGACCCGAGGCUGUAG